AUGCUACUCCUGACCGUUGGGUCACUGAUCGCUGCUGCUUUUGGUUCUCCACCCAAAUUUUGCUCACUGGGCGAUGCAUGCGAUUCGUGCACCAUUUCAACUCCUCUCAGUGGCAAAUGCGCCGAUGACAAUAAAAAGCAUUUAUUUCAAUUUUGUAAUCCACGAACAAAAAAAAUCGACGUAGACCCAUCAUCCUAUUUAUUUUGUUCGGAAGGUGUGUAUAGACAACAACAAUGUUCCGACGAUGGUCGAACACAUUUUAGCGCUACUUCAUUAGAAUGUGUGGAUCCAGCGCUGCUUACAUUUCAUGCUCAGGGAACUUCGGGUUCGGGACGAGUCGGUGACGUUUGUACUUUUAACACCGACUGCCUUGGUGGAAUGUAUUGUGCAGUGGGGCAAUGCCGAUGUCUGUCAACUUAUAUUGCAGUGGAUUCAUAUUGUUAUGAAAGAAUUCCACCAUCCGAGUCGGGAUGUUUCUAUGACGUCCAGUGCUCAGCGGUAUGGCCAGAUGCAUACUGUAAGAGUGGGCAAUGUCAAUGCCCAAGCGAUGAUAUGGUGGCUGUCAAGACAAGGGACGGAACACUUUGCCUUUGGACCAGCACCACAGAACCUUCCUGUCCGUUACCAUCUUUACCUCCUCCUGAUUCCGCGGCGGCAUUGGUAGUUCUUCCAGCUCCAUCGGCGAAGAACACAGUGAGCAUCGCCUCCUGCGAUCCAAAUGCUUCCACACUUCCGUUGACAGAAGAAAUGCUGUUGGAACAUGCGCAUGAGCAUAAAUGCGCAGUUAGAGGAUCGCUGGAAGAGCCCAUACCCAAAGAUGUCUCUGACCUUUACGACUGUAUAGACAACAGCAUGUUUUGGCAAGCGCAAGGUCUCGACGCCAGUCGUCACCCUAUCGGAGUUUGUUGCAUGAACAGAGCGUUUACAUGCCAACAACCAAAGAAAGGAGAAUCUCAUGGGCUUGGCUCUGUGCCAAGAUGGUGGUACAACGGUGUUACUGGUUCUUGUCAACAGUUUCUCUUUGAUCCACAAGCUGCAGAAGUCAGUCCGAAUAAUUUUGAAACGCUCAACCAUUGCGAAAGCUACUGCAAAGACACUUGCCCAAGAGGUAAUCCUGCAUAUUUGAAUUCAAAAACAGAGAUAAAUCAAAGUCCACAUGGGGGAUGCUCUCUUACCCAACCGUGUCCCGAACCUUUUCAAUGCAUGGAAGUGGCCAGUCAGAAUCUUUGCUGUCCGAGCAGAAAAAGCGUAUGCAGUGAUGCCGGAGGGCGUGCUAAGAAUCCUUUUCGAGGUACACCGUAUGAUCCGGGCAUGCGAUUUGAUCAACUUACUGGUGUACAGGCAAACUAUGCUAUUGGGAUUAGUACAAGGUAUUAUUACAAUCCGAUCGAUGGUCAAUGUCACCCAUUUACCUACAAUGGUUUCCUUGGCAAUUUCAACAAUUUUCCAACGCAAUCGGAUUGCCAAAUGUUUUGCUCAAGAUUACAAUGUACGCACGGUAACCCGCUAACGAAUGGUCAUGGAGCGCCUCAACGCUGUCAAAGAGAUAGUGAAUGCCCAACUACACAUAUAUGUGCCGCUGAACAUGCGGUCUGCUGUCCGACACCGCAAACACUAUGCACAGAGCCUUUACGAGUCGGAGAUUGCAAGCAGUCUAUUAGGCAAUUUUGGUACAAUGCAGAAACUCGUAGUUGCGAGAGCUUUCUCUAUACUGGAUGUCAAGGCAACAAUAAUCGGUUCCAUACUAUAAACGAAUGCCAGAGCCAUUGCAAAAACAUCAAUGCAGAACCAAAGUGCCCUCAGGGUAGGGCCUAUAUCGAUUAUAGUGGCAAAUUUCUACAGUGUGGUGAAAACAAUGGACGUAACUCAUGCCCAGUGAAUUACGAAUGUCAUUUUGAUGGGCACGUGCAUGGAUGUUGCCCUAGUAAAGCUUUUACAUGCUCACUGCAACUGAACAAAGGUGUCAGCUGUGGUUCCGGAUCCAGCUACCGUUACUAUUACAAUACGCAGCUCAAGGAAUGUCAAUCAUUCCUCUUUCUUGGUUGCGACGGAAACUCGAACAACUUUGCAUCCGCUGAAAAAUGUCAAAGCUAUUGCGAGAUUGGUGGAUGUCCAAAUGGUGGACUACCAUUGAGAAUCAACUCUCUUGUGCAGUCUUGUUCCUCUACGGAUCCGUGUCCGAUAGGUUACGAAUGCAGUCAAAUCGAUGGAACCGGUGUGGCACAUAGGAGAUGCUGUCCUACAAAAGCUUCAAUUUGCGCAAAACCACCGCAAAUGGGUAUGCUUCCUAAAUGUGGUGCAUCAACCGGGCAAACCAAGUAUUAUUUCAAUUUUGCGCUGAAAACCUGCUCCCCUUAUACGUCAAAUGGUUGCGAUACUUCUCUCAAUUCCUUCAAGUCUAUUAUUGAGUGUGAAGAUUUUUGCUUAAGUGCUGGUUGUAAGGCUGGCGAUGCUGUUUAUAAGGAUCCAAAUACCAAUCGGCCUUUCCUGUGCAAUACAGCUCUGCAAAAUAAUUGUCCAAUAAAUUAUCAGUGUACUUUAAAUAGUCUAACACAAGAGCAUGUCUGUUGUGGCUCGGAUAACAUGGGUGUUUGUCCCGUUGGUGAAAAAGCUUUUGUCGAACCUCACACCCUGACUCCCCGUCAGUGCGCCAUGGUGGCUGAUGGAAAAUGUCCUCCCGGCUAUCUUUGUCGAUUUUCGCAAAUCAAUCACAAAUACUAUUGCUGUGGAAGUCUUAGCGGAAAUUUGUGCCCGGCAGGACGAGCGCUAUACCGUACUUCAGUCACACAGACGCCUGUGCAGUGCGCCAUGGGUCCUAUUGGCGGUGGUUGUCCGGCCACUUUCACUUGCCAAAGCGAUGUUCCAAACGCUUUUCAAGGAUAUUGUUGUAGUCAGAUGCUCAUCUGCCCUGGGGGCGUCGAUUUCCAUCUGGAUGAAAAGACCAUGAUGCCUACUACUUGCACAAGCGAGGGAUUUGCUUUUUGUCCACAGGGUUACACCUGUCAACAACAACCGGAAACAUCAAAGCUAUUCUGUUGUCAAGGAAAGGAGAAGGAAGGAGUCAAAGAUGGAUGCCCACCUUCUCAAUAUGCCUAUGUUGAAAGUGGUAUAAUCAAAAGCUGUGAUCCAUUCAAUGUAAACAGCACAGCAUGUCCUAUGCAUUAUUCUUGCCAGUGGUCAGUCACAAAUCAGAAGUAUCAGUGCUGCGGAUCACAUGUUAUACGCGAAGUGAAACCAUACAAAAUAGAUGAUGGAUGUCCUCGUAAACAAUUCGCUUUACUGGAUAGAUGGACAAGCAGACCUCGCAUCUGCACUGCUGGAGAGCAAAACGCCUGCCCUAUUGGAUUUUUCUGCCAAUUUUCUGCUAAAUACGCACAAUUCCAGUGUUGCGGUCAAAAUGGAGGUUGUCCCGCUCGUCGUGCGGCUUUCAUAGCCGUUGAUGGUAAUGCGCAAGAGUGUAUGCCUGGACCGGAUAUGUGUACAGAUGGUUUUGAAUGUGUUCGUAGUGUAUACGAUAGCAGGAAGAACAUUUGCUGUAGUAAAGAGGACAAUGAAUGUCGAGAAAACGAAAAGAUGAUCCAAGGAAAAUGUGUAGUGCUGAAGAAAAUUGGAGACACUUGUGGUGACGACAAUGAGUGUGCAGGUGGAAGCAAAUGCAGAGACCAUUUCUGCAUGUGUGCCUUUGACCAAGAAGUGGUGAACGGUGAAUGCAUCGCGCAGACAUGCGAGCCGACACAGAUCAUAUUAGAUGGCAAAUGUCUUGAUCGUGCUGCUUUUGGGGAGCCUUGUAGGAGCUCAUUGCAGUGCUUGUCAAAUUUACGCUGCGUAAAUGGACAAUGUGACUGCAUUAAAGGAGAAAGAGUUGAAGGAAACAACUGCAUUAAAAAAGGUGAAGAGGAGUCAUCCAACGAAAUCAUGAAAGCUCGUCCAAAGAAUAUCGAUAUAUGCCCAUUGAGAUCGGAGCAGGCAUACUUCGAAAAAGGAACGAAAAAAGUGCGUUACUGUAGCCAGACGGCCAAUGAUUGUCCUAAGGGUUAUACCUGUCAAUAUAGUGAAGUGGUUAAACAAAAUGUUUGUUGUGGCAAAGACAAAAAAGAAGAAAAGAAUAAGAAAGAGGAGACGACAACAAUGGUCAAUACAGAAUGGCCAACAACAUCGAGUACAACACAAUCCUUGCGAAAGACUACUGCUGUUACAGCUUCGCCUAUAAUUCCAAUUUCAAUAAGUCAUUGUCCCCCCAGCAUGACUCCAUACCUUUUGAACGGCAAACCGAAACCAUGCUCGUCAAGCCUUUGUCCGUACGGCUUCGAAUGCAAGUUUUCACCAAAAAAUAAGGAUUACUUCUGCUGUUCGAAAAUUUGGAGAAGAACUGACCAUUUGCAGAAAGAUGGUGGAUGCGAACAAGGCUCCGUAUUGUUAUAUCCUGCAACACAAGAACCUGUACAAUGUGAUUUGAAGCGAAGAGCAUGUCCUCAUGGUUUCCUGUGCUUGCCUCAUACUGAAACAAAGGCGCUACAGUGCUGCUCAGUACAAUCAGACAAGAACAGCAGUCAUUCCGAACCAGAUAGUGGGAUCUUGGUCGAUUUUUCACGAAACGUUACAGAAAAUAUUUUAGUAGAGUGUCCUAGUUAUAUGGUUCGCGUGAAUGGCGUUCGACAAGGGAGGAAAACGGCGUACUGCGCUCGGUCGUGCCCUGAUGGUCAAGUAGCGGUGAACGGAAUUUGCCAAUAAUGUUAGUAUUCUCACGAAUAGGCGAAGGACCUCAAAUGAGCUGUGCUACCUACUAUUGACGGUUCUCAUUCUUCCAUAGAUAAUGUUGUUGAAAUGUUUAGUUCAAAUCACUCGAUAUCUU